AUGGACCCCUUCGACCCCCGCCCAUUCCGCGACUACCUCAUCUCCUCCCCGCUGGCCGCGCUUCUCUACCCACUGCAUCAUCUCCUCCUCCGCCUGCGAGGCUCCCCGCAACGCCCAACCUCAUCCUCCCCAUCCAUCCGCGUCGUCUGCAUCUCAGACACUCACACGCACCAAUGGGCCCCCAUCCCAGACGGGGACCUCCUCAUCCACGCCGGCGACCUCAGCAAUGACGGCAGUGUCCACGAGAUCCAGGCUGCCGUCAACUGGCUCAAGUCCCUCCCGCAUCUCCACAAGGUUGUCGUCAGCGGGAACCACGAUGGCUACUUCGAUCCACGCUCCAGAAGCGACGAGGAUAGGCAUAAAUCUAUAGACUGGGGGGAUAUACAUUACCUGCAGCAUUCGUCGGUGAAGUUGUCAUUUCCUGCAACACCAACGAAGGAAGCCAACUUCACUCUAGAGACAGGUGCAAAUACAAAUGUCAGGACCCUCACGGUCUACGGCGCCCCUCAAAUCCCAGCAAUCGUUCCCUUCGGCCCCGAGCAUGCCUUCACAUACCCCCCCGACCGAGACAGAUGGACCGGCACCAUUCCCUCCCACACAGAUAUCCUCGUCACCCAUACCCCGCCCGAGAACCAUCUCGACCUCUCCCCUGUCUACUCAACGGGGUGUCCGUACCUGCUUUCUGAGAUCUGGCGCGUGCGUCCUGCCCUCCACGUCAUGGGACAUGUGCAUGCCGCCUACGGCUCUGAGCCUGUCUUCUGGGACGAGGCACAGCGCGCCUGGGAAUGUCUUUCUGCCUCGCGGAGGGAGAGGGCUAAGCUUCCUACUCGUUGGGCGCUGCUGGGGUUCCUACGGGAUUUGCUCGAUCUGGCCGGAUGGGUUGAUGCAAUCAAGGUUAUUUUCUACGGUGUGUUGGGUGUUGUCUGGGCGAGGGUUUGGCGGGGGGAGAGUCGUGGUGGAUGGAUGGUUAAUGCGGCUUGUACCUAUCGGAAUACUGGGCAGUUGCGGAAUCCGCCGCAGGUGGUUGUUUUGUAG